AGAAUGUUCAUUUUUAUCUCGCACUGUUUCAUGGCAAUUUGUUUCUGGUGUACGCCAAUGGCAGCAGCAAUCAACUUCCUUUUCAAACAAGGGAAGAGACACUCAAUGAUGGGGCGUAUCACACUGUAACAAUUGAUCUAAGUAAUUCAAUGUAUGAAUAGUUACCAUCGUUCUCUCUUAAACUCUUUAACUGAAAACAAUGUCCAAUUUUCAAGACGGCAAAAAUCUGAAGACUGGGAAAUUUAAUUUAUCUGCGUUUCGACUAUAUUUAAGGUGGCUCGCUACAGUUUAUAGAAAUGAUGAAAAUGCGUAAACUAGAGCACCUUUUUGAAGAGAUGAUGCUCUUUACAAAUCGAAAUUCGUAUAUUAUAUAUACAGCGACAAUCAAACAGUCGAAAAUUGCUCAGAAAAGUGACGUCACCACUGUUGCUAUGGCAACAAUGACGAUUCAAGAUGGCCGAUAUUUUGGCUUUGAACGCAUUUUACUUUAAAAAGGUCGGUUACCCCCAUUUUUUAUUUCAGAAAACAUUUCCUUAUAGCGCAAUGCACUAUCUGACCAAUUUUAAAAAAAUUCUGUAAUGCAAAAAAAAAAAAAUUCUGUAAUGCAAAUUUUUUUUAAAAUUUAUAAACAUGGUUUUUCGAAAUAAAUUUUUUUUUGCAUUACAGAAUUUUUUUAAAAUUGGUCAGAUAGUGCAUUGCGCUAUAAGGAAAUGUUUUCUGAAAUAAAAAAUGGGGGUAACCGACCUUUUUAAAGUAAAAUGCGUUCAAAGCCAAAAUAUCGGCCAUCUUGAAUCGUCAUUGUUGCCAUAGCAACAGUGGUGACGUGACUUUUCUGAGCAAUUUUCGAUUGUUUGAUUGUCGCUGUAUAUAUAAUAUACAAAUUUCGAUUUGUAAAGAGCAUCAUCUCUUCAAAAAGGUUAUCUAGUUUGCGCAUUUUCAACAUUUCUAUAAACUGUAGCGAUCCACCUUAAAAAGGAAAAACAAUUUAAAGAUUUUGCUCUACGGAAACGAUUUUUAACCGUAAAAGAUUUACUUUAAUUGUCCAACCUUUCGAAUGAGGUGACAUGUGCCUUUUCACUUUAAAUUAGGCAUGGUUCUUGCAAUAUGCAGUUGUUUGACUUUAGAAAGCUCCGCAAGAUAUUGUCCAGGUCCACUAGAUCAGUAUGGGAUACCGAUAGUCUUUCCUGGACCUCUAGGACGAACAGUUUAGAACUGAUAGAGAUAUCCAGUAUAAAUAAAGUUAGUUUAGUUUAGGUUUCCUCCUGUAGUAACACUGGAUCAAUAAGAGAUGAUUUUUACUGGACCUCUAGGAAGAACACUUUAGAACUGAUAGAGCUAUCCAGUAUGAAUAAAGUUAGUUUAGUGUAGGUUUUCUUCUGUAGUAACACUGGAUCAAUAGGAGAUGAUCCUUACUGGACCUCUAGGACGAACAGUUUAGAACUGAUAGAGCUAUCCAGUAUGAAUAAAGUUAGUUUAGUGUAGGUUUUCUCCUGUAGUAACACUGGAUCAAUAAGAGAUGGUCCUUACUGGACCUUUAGGACGAACAGUUUAGAACUGAUGGAGCUAUCCAGUGUAAAUAAAGUUAGUUUAGUUUAGGUUUCCUUUUGUAGUAACACUGGAUCAGUAAGAGAUGAUCCUUACUGGACCUCUAGGAAGAUCAUUUUAGAACUGAUAGAGCUAUCCAGUAUGAAUAAAGUUAGUUUAGUGUAGGUUUUCUCCUGUAGUAACACUGGAUCAAUAAGAGAUGGUCCUUACUGGACCUUUAGGACGAACAGUUUAGAACUGAUGGAGCUAUCCAGUGUAAAUAAAGUUAGUUUAGUUUAGGUUUCCUUUUGUAGUAACACUGGAUCAGUAAGAGAUGAUCCUUACUGGACCUCUAGGAAGAUCAUUUUAGAACUGAUAGAGCUAUCCAGUAUGAAUAAAGUUAGUUUAGUGUAGGUUUUCUCCUGUAGUAACACUGGAUCAAUAAGAGAUGGUCCUUACUGGACCUUUAGGACGAACAGUUUAGAACUGAUGGAGCUAUCCAGUGUAAAUAAAGUUAGUUUAGUUUAGGUUUCCUUUUGUAGUAACACUGGAUCAGUAAGAGAUGAUCCUUACUGGACCUCUAGGAAGAUCAUUUUAGAACUGAUAGAGCUAUCCAGUAUGAAUAAAGUUAGUUUAGUGUAGGUUUUCUCCUGUAGUAACACUGGAUCAAUAAGAGAUGGUCCUUACUGGACCUUUAGGACGAACAGUUUAGAACUGAUGGAGCUAUCCAGUGUAAAUAAAGUUAGUUUAGUUUAGGUUUCCUCCUGUAGUAACACUGGAUCAGUAAGAAAUGAUCCUUACUGGACCUCUAGGAAGAUCAUUUUAGAACUGAUAGUGCUAUCUAGUAUAAAUAAAGUUAGUUUAGUUCAGGUUUCCUUCUGUAGUAACACUGGAUCAAUAAGAAAUUAUCCUUGCUGGACUUCUUGGAUUAACUAGUUAAUUUAACUUUAGUUUUAGAAGAUACAGUAUGUAAAUAACUAGUUGUUUUAAACAAAGUUAAGUUUAGUACAUGUUAGGUAUACCAAACCGUGGUAUAAUUUUUUUUUGCACAAAUUACAAGUCGUUACAUCUGAAACCAACUCAUCCUUUAACUAUUUUCUUCACUUUUCUGCUAGAAUCCAAAUGAGUGUGGACACAAGUCCUAGGGAGACGUUGUCUUUGCCACGUAAUCUCCCACCAGACGUACCAACACCAGUUCCGCUAGAGAAUAUGUACAUUGCUGGUAUUCCGUCAUCCAUUGCAAUACCUCUGCACGUUCCUGUCCUGGCUUCGUUCAAUGGUGACAUCAAACAUGUGCAAAUUAAUGGAGAUACGUUAUUUGAUGGCAGGUAAAGAAAGGGCGGGGAGGUAGGGUUUGAUUACUGGAAUAUUCAAUUGUUUGAUUGUCAUUUCUUCUCGGUGGCAAUUGAGAAGAGUGACUCCAGGUUUUCUACCGCAGACUUUUUUCAAGUACUCUGUUAUUUUUUUCGUAUUAAUACUGGACCAAUAGGCGACGACGUUUCAAAAUAAUUUAAUUUUAAUGCCAAUUUAGUCAGGCAGAUAAAAGGAAAAAACUUACCAUGUCUAUUUUUCCUUCAUGUUUUGCCCUGAAGGCUUGUAAAUUUGUAAGUACAUAGAGGAUAUUACACGGCGGCGCGAGGAUAUGACUUUUAUCUUCGUGUGGCGAAAACAAUAUUUUACAAACGAGCGCAUGUUCUGUUUAUUAUGUAGUCCCAAGCAAAAAAAUGUGAAAUUUCACGCUCAAAAGCAAAUUGGAAAAAGUUACAUGAUCGUUAUCUUCACUAGUGAAGAUAUGGAAAAUAUCUCACUGUGUAUUUUUCAGUAUCUCACUCUCUACUAUAUAAUACAUUUCUGUAUGUUGGCGGCGUUAAGAUAUCGUGUAGGCUAUUGCUGACAUUUUUUUUCAAAUUUUGUAUUAAACUAUAUUACAGUUAAAAAAUAGUGAAAUUUCAGAUACAUUUCUAAUGCAAAUGACUUGCAUCAAUAGAAAGCUUACAAAAAAACUACAUAUAGGAGUCUGAGUCUCUUAUUUUGUCAUUACAGCUCCUCACGUGUGUUCACAUCUGCAGUCAGCGUGGGUGUGUCUGCAGCGGGGGUCGCACCCCCUAUGGUCGUGCUUCCAACCGCUCUCCCCACCAAUACCCCUGCUCCUCCGACAUGCGGGGCCAAGAACCCGGAGAAAGUGCGCUCAGAGAAACAGGACGAGGUGCAUUUCCUGGGCGUCGACAGCGUUCUCGCUCUCAAUGUCAACCGAAGUAUUGUAAACGAUAUGGCAGAAAGGUAGGGUUUGUAGUUACUUUUUUAUACGCAAAUAUGUCAUAUCUUGUAGCAAGUCUGCCAACAAGUUGUGUUCGCACUGCUUGUCCCAAGUUGUCAACAAGUAUGGGACAAGCUGUUAACUGUUAAAUCCUUGUUGCUAUUAUCAGACAUGUUGCAAGGUUGUUCCAACAAGUCCGAUACAGUCAUGAUAUAACAAUAUUGUUACAACCUUGUGUCGUCAACCUUGUAGCAUUCUUGUUAUAUCAUGACUGUAUCAGACUUGAAAGAACAAACUUGUAACAAUAUUGUUGUAUCAUGACUGUAUAGGACUUGUUAGAACAACCUUGCAACACGUGUGAUAAAAUCAACAAGAAUGUUACUUAACAAUUAUUCGCCGAAGGCGAGGUGAUUAUCGGUGAAUCACCUGUGUAAUUAUACUAAAAGUUGUUAACCGCUUGUUCCAAACUUGUUGACAAUUUUGGACAAGCAGUGCGAACACCAAUUGCUGACAGCUUGUUGGCAGACUUGCUUACAAGAUUUGAGAUUCCUGCGUCUGUAGAGGAUGCUACUCACUGGAACUUUAGGGAGAACAGUUAGAACUGAUAGAGCAAUCCUGUGAAUAGAGUUAAUUUAGUAGAUUUAGUUAGUUUAGUUUAGAUUUCCUCUUGCAGUAACACUGAACCAAAUAGCGAUCAUACAUUGUACUGGAUCUCAAGGAAGAACAGUUUAGAACUGACACAGCUGUCCAGUAUGAAUAUAUUUUAUUUUAGUUUUCCUCUUGUAGUAACGCUUAACCAAACGGAUAUAGCUUGUAUUGGAUCUCAAGGAAGAACAGUUUAGAACUGGAAACAACAUAAAUAAAGUUAGUGUAGUUUGGUCAGUCAAUGUGUAGAAGUUUACACUUUGUCGCAUUUAUUUUAGUUUUGUCAUUACAAUCGAGUUCCGUGCUCUAUCUCCCAAUGGCGUGUUAUUUAUGGCGGCGAAUAACCAGACCUCGCAGUUUGUUUCGCUCGAAUUGGUUGAUGGGAAUCUGGUUUAUCAGUUUAAUACUGGAAGUGGACUGGUGCGAAUGAGGACCACAGGAACCUACAGCGUCGGCGGAGUCUGGUAUAAGGUACACGUGCUAUCACUGCAUUACACAUGUGUGAAGAUCUCACAUCUUGUAGCAAGUCUGCCGACAAGCCGUCAACAAGUUGUGUUCACAUUGCUUGUCCCAAAUUGUCAACAAGUUUGGAACAAGCUGUUAACAAUUUAUAACAACCUUGUUAAUAUUAUCAGACUUUUCGCAAGGUUGUUCCAACAAGUCCGAUACAAUCAUGUUACAACAGUAUUGUUACAACCUUGUGUCGUCAACCUUGUUACAUUCUUGUUAUAUCGUGACUGUAUCAGACUUGUUACAAUAAUAAUGCCAUCAUGCUUAGUACAAGUUGUCAACAGCUUGCUCCAAACUUGUUGCAACAACCGGGAACAAGCAGUCCGAAGAGAACUUGUUGACAGCUUGUGAACAGUUUUUUAAGAACUUGUUUGCAGACUUGUAGAAAUGCUGUUUCAACAGUUUGUCAACAGUAUGUGUUCGCACUGCUUGUUCCCGACAACUUAUCGCAAGGUUGUUGAGCUCAACCGAAUUGUUACAAGUUGUUCCAACAACUUGUUAUCGUCCUGAAAUUCAACAAUUUGUCAACAAGUUGUGAGUGACAACCUUGUAGCAACUUGAUGACAUAACAACAUUGUUACAACUUGUCGACAAGCUUGCCACAAGCCUGUUGCGAACACAUUUGAUCUUGUUGUGACAUUUUUAAGUGGAUAAAUGGCACUCGGAGACUACAUUCGUCUGCCUAUAAUGGUCCAAUUACAUACUCUGCCAAGUAAAGCAACACCAACUUUUGCUCAUUUCUCAUUCAAUUUGCAUCAAAAUUUACCUUUGGGUAACGACGUUUCCAUUGGUCAUUUUCAGGUGGAUUUACUCCGUAUCUCGAACUUUGGUGCAAUGGUAGUCAGGCAGACUAAAGAAUAUCAUAAAAAUGAUCUGAACAAUACCAGUAGUGAACGUUUCAAUGCCAACCACUUUUUCGUUGGUGGGCUCACUGGAAGUGUUGAUAAUUCUGUACUUGAGGUAAACUGCGAAAGUAACUACUGUUAGUUCGAUCGAAAUUGCGCUGAAUUUGUGACAUAAGUUAUUUACAGAAUCUAUCUGGAUUUCUAGAAUGCAGAGGCACCAAGCUUCUUUGGUUGUAUUCGCGAAGUGGAGAUUCAAACAGAAUCCGUCAGUCAAAAAUUCAAUUUAAGGUAACUAUGAAUAUUAAUUCAAAAAACGAUACAAGUGAAUGAAAUUAAUCCAAAUGUGUGGUUUCUAGUAUAUAAAGGUGUGCACUAAUUCUGUGUUUGCGAGAGGCGUGCGCGUCACAAGUCACAACCAAUGGCCAUGGUAACAUUGCAAUGCAAAGCUUGUUUAUGCUACCAAGGUUACUUUGAUCGCAGUAGGAAUUUUGCAUCGGUAAAUUCUAUGUUUUGAAUGAUUUGUAAUAAAUGUUUGGGGGGAACGGACUCCGUGUUUAACACCAAAACAGUUUCCUCAAACGUUUCUUACAAAUCCUUCAAAACGUAGAAUUUACCCAUGCAAAAUUCCUACUGUGAUCACAGAAACUUUGAUAGCAUAAGGAUAGGCUUUACUGAUGCUUUAUUUAUACUUUAUAUUUAUUUAUUUAGUGGUGAUUCAAUCCCAGAUCGGACAAGGAAUAUUCAACCAGGACAAUGUUAUGAUUACGUUCAACCACAAGUCGGUUUUGAUGGUGCUGGUUUUGCAAAAUUGAGUAAGAUAAAAUGUUCAUGGAUUGUUUUCUAUUUCUCGUGAUCUUUGAAUUUCUUUGCAAGCAAUGUUUACAACAUGAGCGGCCGUGUUGUAUCAGAUAUACAAACUCGAGCCGAAGGCGAGAGUUUGUAUAUCUGAUACAACACGGACGCGAAUGUUGUAAACAACUUAAAAAACGACUCAGCUUAUGAGUUCAUUGGCGAAGUAAUUUUAAAAAUAAACGUUGUCUAAGCCGAGAAAAUCAAAGUUAAAGUUUAUGUAAAUCAACAUGAAUCUGUAUCACAAAUAUACAGAUGCGACACGCUUAUGAUUUUUCUUUGUGUUUUCUUCAUGAAUUAUUAAUGAGUUUUUUAAGAUGAAAUACAAAUUCAAGCUUGUCAGACGUUGGCAUUCUUAACGUGGAUUUACGAUGGAUAGAAAACUACAGAUUAAGUUUUCAUAAUUGUUAUUUUAAGAUGGGGAAUAUGAUAUGUCGGCUGGCAGUGAGCUGAGCAUUAAAUUCAGAACAACAGAGAGAAAUGGCUUGUUAUUUUAUGCCACCAAUCAAAAUGGAAAUUAUAGGAUGGUUAUUGAAGAAGUUAACGGACAGGUGGGAAAAUAAAUCUCAACUCAACUUUUGAACUUGAAUUUGAACCGAACUAAACUUACUUUACCUAUCGUGGAUAUAGGGCCUGUCAAUUUUAAACAGUUCUCUCUAUUGGAAAAACCCUUAUUGAUCCAGUGAUAUGUAAUAUUACAGGACAAAACCAGAAUUAACUAAACUUACUCUAUUUAUUCUGGAUUUCUCUGUUAGUUACUGUACAGUAUGUGCAGUUCUCCACAGAGGUCCAUUGAGAGCCACCCCUUGCUGUUUGAUUGUUACGACAUGAGUGCCGUCCCGUUCACCCCUGAGAUCAUGGGUUUGAUUCUCGCUGUGCACUCAUGACACUUAUGCGAAUAGAGUUAGUCAACUUUCUACCAAAAGUCGUAGGUUUUCUCCGGGUAGGGUAGGUUGGGGAUUAUAUCUCAUAACGGCAUAACUGACCAUUUCACCGUAGCUCUGCCCGUGAUCAGACAUGAUCAGCCCUUAGAGAAAGCCUUCGACUCCAUCGGGUUUACCUGCGUCCCUCGUAAUUCAACUUAGCUCUCAGCUGCAAGUAAGGAUGGUUAACAAAGCCCCACGUUACCAACAAAACUCAUUUGAAUUUUAGAUGGUCCUGUCGUAUGUCCAAAACAAUGUUCUCACAACACUGCAAUGGGUCGAUCCUGCUAUCACAUCUCCCGAAAAUGCAAACAACUCCUAUGCUCUAUGUGACAAUAUCUACCACACUGUGAACGUGAGACGUUCCAAUGCAGAAGUAGAAAUGGAUGUAGACCGACAGAAUCCUGUCAGAUCAAAUAUCACCAAUGGUGAACUCAAUGGAGCUGUCUAUGUCGGUGGAAUACCAAGUAAGAAUGUCUAACUUUAAAUGCCAUGGGUAGUUCUGUCAGUUUUAUAUACCAUGGGUAUAGUUUUGUCAGUUAUAAAUUGUAUUUCAUAUAUAGGGUUCAGUGUUACUGUUAGAAAAACUAGGCAUGUGAGUUAUCCCACCCAAUUCACUCACAUAUAUAAUUUAAGUGAUAGGUCACCUUUGUUUCAUUCUAUGCUUACAUUAUCAGAACAGUGGUAACCUCUGAGUGGUAACUAGGCAUGUGAGUUAUCCCACCCAAUUCACUCGCAUAUAUAAUUUAAAUGUUUGGUUACCUUUGUUCUAUUCUAUGCUUGCAUUUAUCAGAACAGUGGUAACUAGGCAUGUGAGUUAUCCCACCCAAUUCACUCACAUAUAUAAUUUCAUUGCUUGGUUACUUUUGUUUCAUUCUAUUGCGAGGUAUCCGAAAAUGUGGCAACGGUAGAAAGAAGGUCUAUUAAUGAAAAUUUGAUAUUUAUUUUUCUUUUAAGGUGGCUUGCAUGUGAAUGUUGGCGUAACAGGUCAACGUUUCGUCGGUUGUGUUGAAAGUGUGCAUAUCAACCAACAUGUCGUCGACUUCAGACACGAAACGUCCCAACAAGCGUUCAUGGAGUUUGGUUGUCGUGCUCCUAUUCAACCACAACAGAGUUACUCAGGCUUGAAUAUUUUUAGAGUUAUGCUUUAAUAGUAUAGCUGUCGUUUAUACAACUACUGUAGUCGUUGUCUGGACCUAGAUUUGAAAAUCGUCGUACUAAAACUACUCUGGCUAGAUGUUUUUACAGGUUUACUUCAGUAUAUAUAUAGUCGUUAAAUAUUUUUAUAUUGAAAAUCUUUUGUAUGUAGUUAUUAGUUUCGGAUAUAUAUGGCUUAGUGCGGAACAUGUAUUUAUAUGAUUCGGAAAGUUGAUUCAAACAUUAAUAGACAAUUCCAGGUAUUGACUAAUUUUAUAUAUAUAUAUAUAUAAGUCCUAUAUAUAUAUAUGAGUCCUAUUUAUAUGCGCGGUAAAAAUAACCACUUUCGGCUCAAAAAUGGUUAUUUGUACCGCGCGUAAUACUAAAAUACUCAAAAUUUGCUAAUUUCACAAGGCUAUAUUUUCCGCAUUUUACAACAUUCGCAACCAAACUUUGCAAUUUUACUAAUUUUAGGAUGCUCUUUUGAGCGCUGUAAUGAUAUAUUUCGUCUUUCUUGUCUAGAUAAAAAAAAUAGUCAAUAGCUGGAAUUCAGAGUACUCAGUAUACUUUAGGAAAUAGUUGUUAAAUAUUUUUUAAACUGAGAAUGUUGCAUGGCCUUUUUGACUCACGGAUGUUGCGAUCGGGCUGGAGCACGCGUUCGUUUUUUGCGCGCUUUUCUUUGACGGAAAUUCCGGAGAUUUAAAGAUUCGGGUUUUUUUCGGUUCCAAUGACGGAAAUUCCGGAGAUUUAAAGAUUCGGGUUUUUUUCGGUUCCAAGUUUAAAGAUUCCGGAGGGUUUUCGGUUCCAAGUUUAAAGAUUCGGGUUUUUUUCGGUUCCAAGUUUAAAGAUUCCGGAGGGUUUUCGGUUCCAAGUUUAAAGAUUCGGGGGGUUUUUCGAUUCCAAGUUUAAAAAUUCCGGGGGGGUUUCGGUUCCAAGUUUAAAGAUUCUGGGGGUUUUCGGUUCCAAGUUUAAAGAUUCGGGGGGUUUUCGAUUCCAAGUUUAAAGAUUCGGGGUUUUUUCGAUUCCAAAUUUAAAGAUUCGGGGGUUUUUCGGUUCCAAGUUUAAAGAUUCCGGGGGGUUUUCGAUUCCAAGUUUAAAGAUUCGGGGGUUUCUCCAUUCCAAGUUUAAAGAUUCGGGGGUUUCUCCAUUCCAAGUUCAAAGAUUCGGGGGUUUCUCCAUUCCAAGUUCAAAGAUUCGGGGGUUUCUCCAUUCCAAGUUCAAAGAUUCGGGGGUUUCUCGAUUCCAAGCUUAAAGAUUCGGGGGUUUCUCGAUUCCAAGUUCAAAGAUUCGGGGGUUUCUCGAUUCCAAGUUUAAAGAUUCCGGGGGGUUUUCGGUUCCAAGUUUAAAGAUUCGGGGGGUUUUCGAUUCCGAGUUUAAAGAUUCGGGGGUUUUCGGUUCCAAGUUUAAAGAUUCCGGGGGGUUUUCGGUUCCAAGUUUAAAGAUUCGGGGUUUUUUCGAUUCCAAAUUUAAAGAUUCGGGGGUUUUUCGGUUCCAAGUUUAAAGAUUCCGGGGGGUUUCUCGAUUCCAAGUUUAAAGAUUCGGGGGGGGUUUUCGAUUCCAAGUUUAAAGAUUCGGGGGUUUCUCGGUUCCAAGUUCAAAGAUUCGGGGGUUUCUCCAUUCCAAGUUCAAAGAUUCGGGGGUUUCUCGAUUCCAAGUUUAAAGAUUCGGGGGUUUCUCGAUUCCAAGUUCAAAGAUUCGGG